UCUAUGUAUCGGGAGUCUGAAGACUGGACAGAGCACAUCCGUGUUUUGAAGAUCCUGACUGACAUGUUUUUGCCCCAUAUCAGCCUUGCAGAUCUGGAACAAACUUUUUUCUCAAAGGUGUUACCUAAGACUGUACAGUUAUUUGAUAACUUGAUGUAUGAAUUAUCCAGUGAGGCCAAAGGAUUAACCAGCCAGAACACGGAGUUAUGCAAUACUGUAAGGAACCUUUUACAGACUGUGGUGCAACUGUUGGAAACUCUGACUGCUUGUGUACGCUACGUCUGCACACUGCAACAGUGUGUGUCUCUGGAGAGUAUCCACACCCUUCCAUCCGUGGUUCUUUAUGUGAUAAAGAACACAUUUACGCACUGCAAGGACAGUGAAUCAGUGUACUGUGGGCAUUUGCACUUGAUUUCUGACCUCCUGCAAGCUGUAUUCAAGGAAACUUACUCUCUUCAGAAGCAGCUGAUGGAACUACUUGAUAAGAUUUCCAUGGACUCUGCUUCCACUGAAGAAAGCAUCACAGAUAUGGUGUCAGUAAUCCACACGGUGCUGGAGAUAUGCUCUGUCAUUUCCAAUAUGGACCAUGCUCUUCAUGCCAAUACAUGGAAGUUCAUAAUCAAGCAGAGCCUGAAGCAUCAUUCUCUGCUGCAGUGCCACCUGAAACACCGAGACAUCCUCAGUGGCCUGUGCAAGGACACUCUUCUUUCUUUUCACUCCUGUUUGCAACUGGCUGAGCAAAUGAAGAUGUCAGAGAUACAGGAAGGCACCGACCUCAGAUUGUUCCAGAAGACAGUCAAGCUGUGCAGGUUCUUUGCUAAUUCCCUUGUACACUACACCAAGGAAUUCCUUUCUUUCUUCACUGACUCAUGCUCUCAGUUGCAUCAGCUUUUUCUUCAGAUAUAUAGCAAAUUUCCUCCCAGUCUCUAUGCCUCAGAGAUCUUGGAAGUUCAUCGAGAUGAAAUAUCACGGGUUUUUCUUGUGGCUCUGGACCCUCUCAUCAACCAGCUUCUUCCCUUUAGCCCUUUCAUGGAGCAAGUGUUAAGUGACAAGUUAGGUCUCCCUGCUGAGCAGCAGCUGCCACAGUGUGUCGUCCUAAUCACCAUAAUGGACAAGCUGUCCUCUCAGCCUGAAGAAGUGCAAACUCUCUGGAACACAGGAAAAAGCCUGUCUUUGUUUGCAGCCCUCUUCUUCAGUUUCCAGCAAUGUUCUGGCGAGCUUUCUCUCCCUGUUCGUUUGCCAGAGGUGAUCACUACAGGGCAGCCAGCAGUUUCCAUCACUCUCUAUCACUAUGUCUGUGUCCACCUGUGCUCCUUCAUUGCUUCCACACUCCCAUCACAGUUUCCCCAGCUGGAGUAUGCUCUGCUGGAUGCUGUGCUGAGUUCUAGUAUGAUUACGUCUCUGCUAGCAAUGGACGCGUGGUGCUUCCUUGCCCGGUAUGGAACAGCUGAACUGUGCGCUCACCAGAUUGCUGUCAUCGCCCACUUGAUAAAGUCAUGGCCCAGUGACUGUUGUUACCAGGUCUCUGCCUUGGGUGUCCUGUUGAGGCGUAUGCUGUUCCUGAUGGCUCCAGAUCAUCAGGUAGAAUUUGCUCAUAAGUUUCUUCCAGAAGAGGUGGAGAACUUGUCCGUGUGGCAGCACAUAUCCCUUAAAGCCCUGAAUCCUGAUCUUAGGAAACAAGUGGCGUGUCAGCUCUGUGUGGCAGCGCUCACCCAGUGCAGGCAAUGGCUGAACAGCAAGCGUGCUUUAGGAGAGCUCCAACCUGUGAAUACUGCCCUUUCUGUCCUGCUGGCUGCCUGCAAUUUUGCUGGUGACACUCUGGAGGCAGAACUUCAGGCAUCUAUCCUGGGAGUGCUUGGUCAGUUCUGGACUUCUCUCCAAGCAAAGCAGGUCUCGGGUGAGCCAGGUCUCCAGCAGACACUGUGUUUAUUACUUCACCUUUUGGAAUUCUUCAUCCAAACAUUAGAUGCUCAACUGAUUACUCAGGUGUUUGCACUGCAGUCUUCCCUUGUCCAUCUGGGUCCCCCAGAUCAUGUUCGUCUAGCGAUGGUGGAUUUUCUCUCUUCUAUGGGAAAGGUGUUCAUACCACAAGAAGCACAGAGGCAAGUUGUGCCCCAGUUGUCAUGUUUGUUUGCGUCUCUGCUGGCUGACCAGACCUGGCUGAUUCAUCAGCAUGCGCUGGAGGCAUUCACGCAUUUUGCAGAGGAAACAAGCCAUGAAGAUGUUGUUCCUCAGUGCCUUAAUUCUGAAGAAACUAAGAACAAAGUUGUUAGUUUUCUGGCUAAGACGAGGCAAGUAGAAGAGACAACAGAAGAACGAUCAAAACGCAUGAAGCAAGAAAGUAUUAUCUGCAGUGCACAGUUUAUGAAAAUGGAUGGAGCACUGGAGUCAACAGGAGAGCCUCUGGCAAAGAGAGCGUGUCACCCACCCUCCGAGCAGCAGUACAAGUCAGCAGUCAGCACGAUGGAUGGGGCAGUGGAGGCUGUGAAGCUGCUGCUCCAGAAAGGGUCACCCCCAGCUUGGCUUCCAGUGAAACUGGAGGCUCUACAGACAGCGAUCGCCCUCCUCAGAGACAGCAUACGAGCUCUUCUCCUCCACGGCACUGACUGCACCACAGUGAGUGGCUCACCCCAGAAUGGGGUUGGUAUCAUAGAGCUGCUUAAAAACAUCAUGUGGCAUUUCCAAAUGUCAUAAACAGCUUCAGUUUACAUCCACAACUCCUCUCCCUGUGCCACCUGUGCCAGCUCUCUUGAGGCUGAAUGAGCAAAACAAGUUGAAAUCAACACCUAUUCCCCGAUGAAGCUCUGUGAUCAGGGUGAGUGCUGGGAGUGCUGCCUCCCCUCCUAGGAAACGGAAGCAGUCUCUCGAGUCUCUGGGAUGGGGCUAGAGGAAUUUACUUGCUUGCCUAAAAAGGCAAGUUUGUAACCCACCAUGGUCUUCUGCAAGGGAGGGGUAUCUUGGCUAUUCCUUAAUGAAAACAAGGCACCCAAAAGGCUUUACUCUGUAAAUACAUAGGCUCUGGCUUCCUGGUCCUUUAUUUACACUGCUGUUAGAUUUUCCUAGAAGAGCCCAGAGUAACACCGAGUCCUGAGCAUCCUCUGAAGCUGAAAGCCCCCUUGUGUUUGUGCUUGGGGCCAUCCCGGAUCCAGCCUUGUUUUACCUGUCUGACAAACCAAGACUUUCCCUAACGUAAUGCAAGGUCUUUGCACCCCUGACACAACAGCACAUACAAAAAGCAGGAGUUAUUAAAGCUCCUCAGUGCUUUUAUUAGCAUCCAGGUUAAGUCCAUUCCAUUAACAUGGCUCUCUUGCUGCUGCAGCAACAGCCCCCUGACUGACCUAGAGCCUGAACAGACAAAUCAUUCAGAGCUCAGCAUGUCAUAUUCACAGGUGAAGAUUCAAAGGUACAGUAUAUGCUGCUGCUGCUUCCUCAGCCAUCCACCACCUGAUGGAGGAGCCAGCUAGUGCUACAACUGUCCUGUGCUCCCUCUGGGCAAAACCCUUAAACCCCACUGUCAGGGCC